UGCGUGCGCGCGGCGGAGUUUCUAGGUUUUGGAGUGAAAAGAGACGCAAUCGCCGCUCUGUGCCUCGAGCCAGAGGCUCAGCUGACAGCCGGCGGCGCUGCUCUACGAGGCGAGGAGACGGGACGGCCAAAGCGAAGCUGGGAACGCGCGCGCGUGCACGCCAGCCUGCUUGAGAACCUGUUGCGCUUUGCGAACUCUGCAAGAAGAGAGAGAGAGAGGGGGACAGAAGAGAAGAACGGAUAACUUCUGGGUGCCUGAAGAGCAAGUGAAAGAACACGUAUGUUGUGAUCAUGGCCGGGAGCAGACAGCAGGAAAGACGAGAACUCUGGAAGAGGCUUUCACUGGACAGCAGCCUUGUGGAGUGCAUGGAUUCUAAUAAGUGUAUAGAAGACCUUGUGAAUCAACUUGAAGAGGAACGCCGCAAUGUGAGGAGGCAAAAGCUGGCAGUGGCCCGGUUGCAACGGGAAGUUGCACGAAGCAAGAGCGAAGGAACAAUGCGAGAGAAGCUGAUACACGAGUUGGAGGAAGAAAGACGUCUGAGACUGGAAAGUGAGAAGAGACUCCGAGAGGUGACGGUGGAGUCGGAGCACAGCAGAGAUCAGAUGCUCUCAUUGCAGCAGCGGUUUUCCAGGAUGGAAGAGACGGUCAGAAAUUUAUUGCAGAACAAGGGAGCAAUGGAGACCCCUACGGUGGAUACACUGGGCAUUAUGAAGGUAUACAAGGGUAAACUUUCAGAGGAUGUGAAAAAGGAGAAGGAGCCGACUGAAGACACAAAACUGGAAAUAAGUGAAGAAGCGCAGAAUGAAGGCAACGGCACCGAAAAGGAGGGCAAUACGACCAAACUGCUUCUGGAGCGCCUGCGUGCCCUGGAGGCAGAAAACUCAGCCCUCGCAAUGGAAAACGAGACCCAAAGAGAGCAGUAUGAACGCUGUCUUGAUGAGGUGGCAAAUCAAGUUGUCCAGGCACUGCUUACUCAGAAGGAUCUCAGAGAGGAAUGUCUGAAGCUGCGCACCCGAGUCUUUGACCUGGAGCAGCAGAACAGGACACUCAGCGUUCUCUUCCAGCAGCGAGUGCGCCCUGCUUCCGAUUUACUGCUUCAGAAACUUCACUCACGUAUCAUGGAUCUAUCAGCUGGGGACCUCAUCUCAGACCCAGAAAGGAGUAAAAUCUUCUUGCGGUCACAAGUCACUGAAGCCCCUUUUCAUGGGGUGCAGCAGAGUAUGAAAUCCGCCAUCCCUGUGCUGAAAUGUCACAAUCAGCUGAGCCUGACGGUGCCAUCCCAGCUGUACCCUCGCAGCAGCUGCAGCAGCAGUGAGCUCUCUUUGUCCAGCGCUUGCAGUGAAUUUUCCAGUGGAUCCUACACAUGGAAUGAUGGGAAGUCAUGCAGCAAAAAGCCAGUGUUAAAUUGGGAGAAACGAGUCAGCAUCACAUCUUCGGCCCCCAGCAACGUUUCAAGUCCUGCCGAGGAGCAGCCGCCAACUAGAAAGAAAGAGAGUCACAUCAUCAAGGGCUUGAAGAAGCUGCAGCGGAGACGGCCCAUGGAGCCCUCUUCCCUGAUGUCGAAAUGGGGCUACAAGGACUGCAUGAACUCAAAUGAAGGCAUAUACUCCCCUGGUAUCAAAUGCGGGGCUCAGGGUGGCCCCAGGCCUCCGUUUAAGUGCAAAGCCGAGAGACUGGGCGCUCAGCGGGAAUUCAGCAAAACGUUUGCGUACGAUUCGGAUUCUCACGAUGACGCGGAUGACGAGUCCGUCAACGUCCCCACGCUGCCCUUUGAGCUGCCGAUGAAGGACUGUUGUAAGAAACUGACCCACAGUGUGUCCGACAGCCUGUUUAGUACGGAGCAGGCGGAAAAGCCGGGAAGUGGGAAGCCCCUGAGCUUCAACGCAAAGGAACAGCCCGAGAAACUGACGAGCUUUAUCAAUGGCUUCUUCUCCACUAGGAGGUCGUGUUCAGGCCUCAGGCCCCCCUUCCUGCAGUUUGAGGCUGGUUCCACGGACAUCGAUGCGGCACUUCAGCUCUCCGACAUCGACGACCUGGAGGCGUUGGAAGAUCUGCACGUCGAGAGCGCCGAUGAGAAAAGCGGCGCCUCCGGUCGGCUCGCCGAGAAUCAGGCCCACCACGUUGCCGUUGGCAGACCUUCCAUAUCACUGUGCGACAAAGAUCAGAGCAAACCUUCUCAAGGAGAAAGCAGACCAAAGACUUUCAAUCUGAUUAAGCAGCACAAGGUGGUGAAAAAGACGUCCUCUGAAGAAUGUAUUACCGUCAUUUUUGAUGCCGAAGAUGGGGAGCCUAUUGAGCUCAGUUCACACCAGACUGGCGUCGUCUCUGUGAGCCGGAAUGAGAUUUCUGUCAAUCAGCAGCAGACCAUAUCCAGCGCGGCGUACACUGAGCUGAUACCUCAGGGAAUGGCUAAUUGUCAGAAAAGAAGCAGUUCAGGGACCUCCUCCGUCUUCGAGAUCUCAGCAACCCAAGCCGACAAAACGGUAAAUAAAAACGGUAAUCUCCCGAGGGUGUGCAGCGACGGCGGGAGCUCGGAAAAGACGCCGUUGCAGAACUCUCAUCCGGCGAAAUUAAUAAAGCCACCUUGCGUUCACACUCCGAACAAAAUGACUUCUGUAUCUGCUGUGCAGACGGUGGUGAGUCAAAGGACAAACGUGACCAAAAUACCAAGCAGGGGCAAAGGGGGGUCACCACAAAAAGUCCCCAAGGCUUCGGCUUGUGAGGGCAGCAAAAACGGCGGGACGUCUUGCUCGACCGUACAAGAAAAGCUACCUUCCUCUCCUCCGAUCAAACUGUCGAGGUUUGCAAAGUCUUCUGGUGGCUGCGGUCAAAGCCAAAAGGCAGAACUUGCUCUUGUAAAGCACAAUUCACAACCUCCGCCGUGCUCUAAGAUUCCCCAGAGAAAUGAAUCGGGAAAGACCCCUUGCACUGGAACUCCCGGGUCACCUGUGUGUCACCGGCGGCCUACAGACUCUGUCGAUUACGGAGAACCUCCGACCAGAGACCGACAGUGCGAGGCCUUCCACCACGAGCUCAGAUCUCCUUCUCCUCCUCCUCCUCCGCCAGGCAGGUCAACGUCUUUACUGAUAAGGCCCAGUUACGAAGCCACCUCCCCGGUGGCGCUUAAACCGGUGACACAAAAUGGCUUCUCGCUACAUCCACUUCCAAACCAGCCAGCCAACCGAGACCCCCAGAAUUCAAACUCUUACAGCAUUGACAGUGCAGCAGCAGAACUCGAUAGAGACCUCCCUAUGGAGCCUUGCUCUCCAACACAGGUGGAUAACACGACCGAUCAAGUUCAGAGCCCCACUGGGGGUCACCAGACCCCAACGAAAGGUUCACCGAAAAGAAUGUCUUUGAAAACAACUCCCGUCCCUAGCACGCCACAAGCUCAGGAUUCCCUUGAUCCAUUUUUCAAGGGUUCCAAAAACGCCGUCUGUGGUUACAGUCCUCAGAAAGGUUCCUCCCUACAAAGUACGUUCACCAGUAAGAGAGGACACUUAGGUGACGGUGGCCUGCCACUUCAGUAUAAAACAUCUUGCAGUUUACCUGUCGCACUCCACUACGGGACACAGUCACAGACUUCGGUUUUGACGCAUCCGUCCCACAGCAUCGAAAACGGUCUGCUAAACACGGAUGAAAAAACGGUCAAGACGCGCAUUCCGGUUGGGGUGAAAGUGGCGGUGAAAUCUCCUCAGCUGCUCCGGAAAAGUUCGACAGUGCCGGGCAAGCAAGAAAAAGACAACAUCAACGCGGCUUCCAAAGGAACGGUGACGUCGAGCAGCCUGAGGCAGUGUAACGCUCCGGAGGGAACCCACUCUUUAGAAAUGGGGUCGGCAAAGUCGGAUCAGGAGAUUAAAGGAGACGACGCUCUUGAUAAUCCGGUCCGAGAAGAAUCCCUCCCUUCAGUAUUAAAUGAUUGCGAAAGUCCAAGUCCGGCAGAAGACAAAGUCGAAGGAGAGAGCCGACUGUUCAAAAGGUCCGUUUCGGUGACUACCAAGCCCCAUCUGAAGCCAGCUCUUGGAAUGAAUGGAGCGAAAGCCCGCAGCCAGAGUUUUAGCACGCACUCCGGGGAUAAGUCCGGUAUUAACAUCCUGGAAGGACAUGGGAAGGUGCGAACUCAGAUAAUCACAAAUACGGCGGAAAGGGGGAGCUCUUUAACGAGACAGAAUUCCGCCAUCGAGGGCUUUCAGGCGAGGCCUACGUGCGGCCUAAACGAGAGUCCAUCUCACGCUGGUAGAGGAGCCGACCAUUCAUACAACCGGCAAAGUUCCAAUGGAAAUACAAACAACCACCAGGGCAGCCCGAGCAAGAUAUUCGGCCGGGCGCCACAGAAGCUUGAUGGUUCAAGAAGUACGUCAAAACACGAGGGGAGCAAAUCGCCACCUCAGAAAGAGCUCCGCAGUUUACCUUUAGUAGACAAGUUAGGACUGAAAAGUUUUAAGUCGCCGGAAAAUUCCAAAUCUCCGCCCGGGUAUUCUUUGGAAUCCACUGCAGAGCAGAUGGCUUGUGGUUUGUUAGGUUCGAACAGAAGCGAUUCCCACAAAGCGGCCAACUCCGUAGAUGUUCCCGAGAAACUCGUCAGUCCUUCGGUGUCCACCAUCGAGGAAAAGGUUAUGAUGGGCAUCCAGGAGAACGUGCAGAAAGGCCAGGGGCAGGAGAAGAGCCACACCUCAGAAAUCAAACAAAAAAUGGGCCCGUCACUGGCCAGCUGGUUUGGCUUCCGAAAAAGCAAACUUCCGGCUCUAAGUGGCAAAAAGGCCGAGACGUCAAAAACGAAAGAGGAGAAGAAGGACGGCAAGGCUGGGCUGAUGUUGGGGGGCAAACCCUCCAAGUCAGAUAAAAAGAAAGAUAAGAAGAAAAACGAACAUCAGAGUAAAGAGGGUCAGGGCCAAGCGAAUAAACUGGAGAGUGGCGACAGAAUCAUCGCCAUAAUCGACUAUUCGAACAGUCAUGGAGGUGCGCCAGCCAAGCAGCUUCAAUACCCCACAGCCUGCGUCUCAAAGGACCAGUUCAUGAAGGAGCUGCUGAGCAGAGUUGAUAAGAAAGCCGCUCAGCAGACAGAAAAUGGAUCAAAUCAUGUUUCCUACAGGAGUGCGUCGAAGGGUAACUCCCAGGGCUCCGCUCCGCCUGGCGUCUCCAUCGACACCCAAGGAAGCCACCAGAAAAGCAGCGAAUUGAAGGCAGAACUGGGAAUGCAUAAUGAAACCAUGGCCAAGUUGGUGACCCAUAAGAUCAACAUUAUAGCCAGCAAUGAUGAGACCACUGGUGAGCCCACCUGCCAGGACCACAUGAUAGGUUCAAACUGCCAAAUGAGAACCCUGGACAGCGGGAUAGGCACCUUUCCCCUCCCGGACUCUGCCAACAAAGCAACCGGACGACACAUCCCCAAGUCUGAAUCUGACCCCGAAAAGGUCGUUCGCCUUUCCCCAUCACUGAGAGAAAUCCCAAGCCAGGAGAUGGUGGUGAAAGCCAACACUCUGGAACGAGAAGUGCCUUCUACCUCUGAAGCCAUCCAAGAAGAGAAAACUGUCAUUUGCCAUUCUCUCUCGGAUUCAGUAAUGGCUGCCAAAACCCAGCGAGCGUUUCGAAGCCAACUUCCUUUGCCAGCCUCCUCAGGUGUCCUAAAACGCACAACUGCUGGAGAAACGGAGCAGAAGCUGAUCGCUGUCAAGUCACCGGAAGACCAUGGAAAGCUGAGAGGGGAGAUGAAGAGCAGUCAGGAUGAGAGCUGCCCACAGACGGACAAGACGGUGCGGGCGUGUACAUACUCCGCCAGCAGCAGCGAUGCGGACACAGAGUCGGAGCAUGAAAUGAACGAUGUGGAGGAAGUCUUGAUGGAUCAGAUCCAAAACGGCAAGAAAAUUGAUGUAGAUGAACUGACUGUGCAGAAGAAUUUUAUGAGAAGUCCCAUUUCCAUACUGGAUUUCUACCAGCACGAGGUUUAUAUCCAUUAUGAAAAAGACGAAGGCAAAGGCGAGACGCAUUUCAAGUACGUGCACAGCGACUCACACGAAGAAAGGUCUGCAGACAGUCACAGUAUCACGGAGAAAGCGGAGGACCAACAAGAGGAACCGAAAAUGUCUGUUUUUUCGAACAUCUCCUUAGAGUCUCUUAACAAACUUAACAGCAACGCUGGAACCUUUGCGGAGAACUUCAGCAAGGCCGAAACAGGAAAGGAGGCCGGUGGAAACGAAGAGGCGUCUUCGAGCUGCUCGGAUAAGCCCAUCGUCGACAGCCUGGAGUGUCUGAGCGACUCCUUGUACGACAGCUUCUCGUCGUGUGCCAGCCAAGGCUCCAAUGACGUUUAGGGACUCGGACAUGACCUGGACAUUCACCUCCCUGGAGCACUUAAUGCAUUGUAUAGAAUGAUGUAUGUUAUCAGCAUUGAAACCUACCAUGAAAGAAGAAGAACUGAGUCAGAACAAUCUAUGAGAUUUUGUAAAAAGCAAUAUAUAUGUACAUACAUACAUACAGUGGGUAUAGAAAAGAAUUACCCCCUUUGAAAUAUUCCCAUUUUUUUUUGCUUUACAGCCUUAAAUGCAAACACGCAAACCAACAUUUCUUCCCAGCUUUACUUACUCAAUGCAAUCUAUAACAUCCAAGUGAAAGAUAUCUCAGCUAAAGUUCAGAAGAACUGAGAUGAAUAAAGGAUCACCCCCCAAUGUCAUUUUGUUGACCCACCUUUUGCUUUAAUGAUAGAGAAGUAUCCCACCAGACUCAAGGCUAUCAGCUUUGCACACCUAGAUUAAGUCAUAUUUGCCCCCC